CAGCAACAAACAUUUCUCUAGACCAAAAACUAGCUCCUACCCGGUUUUCGCCCUGUGAUACAGGCCCCCUACCUCCUCUCCCUGCCCAUAUCAUCCUACCCCUUUUACACAAUGGGAGUCGUCGAGGACAUCCCCGUGCCCACCUUCACGGUGCUGGAGGAUGCCGUCCCCAAGGACAAGUCCCUCCAGGCCUUCAUGGUGUCCAAGACGAGGGGGUUCCUCCCCCGCAUGGACCCCAUCGUGGCCCUGCCCAAGGAGUUCGACGUCCUCGAGUCCGUCCUCAGCCGCAUGCCCGUCAAGACGCUCUCGGGCGAGCCCGGCCUGCUGGCCGACGGCAGGCUCGGCGACGUCGUCAAGCAGGAGCUCCCCGACUUGACGGACAAGAUGGAGCUGUACAAGGAUGACCUGCCCCUGAUGAACGCCCUCUACCGCGACUACUCCUUCCUGGCGUCCGCAUAUCUCCUCGAGCCCUGUCACCAGCGCUUCCUCAAGGGGGAGGGGUACGGCCUGGGCCGGAACGUGCUGCCGGCCAACAUUGCAAGGCCGAUUGCCCGUUGUGCUGAGAUUUGCGGAUUCAAGCCAUUCAUGGAGUAUGCCGGAUCGUACGCUCUCUUCAACUACCGCCUUCAAGACCCCUCCAAGGGCCUGGAGUACGACAACCUCCGGCUCAUCAGGGCGUUCGAGCACGGCCUGGACCCGACCUCGUCCGAGGCCGGCUUCGUGCUGGUGCACAUCGACAUGGUCCGGAACUCGGGCCCGCUGGUAGCGGGCACCAUGGCGGCGCUCGACGCGUGCUCCCCCGACGGCACGGCCACUGUGGCGCAGCGGCGGGCGGGCUUCAACGCCGGCAUGGGCCAGGUGCUCGCGGCGCUCAAGAAGAUCAACAGCGUCAUGGAGACCAUGUGGCAAAAGUCCAAGCCGGGCAGCUACACGUCGUUCCGGACCUUCAUCUUCGGCAUCACCUCGCAGGACAUGUUCCCGGACGGGGUCGUGUACGAGGGCGUCAGCAACGGCGAGGCCUGGAACUUCCGGGGCGAGUCGGGCGCAAACGACAGCAUGGUCCCGCUCAUGGACAACCUGCUGCAGAUCCCCAUGCCCGACACGCCCCUGACCGAGGUCCUCAAGGACUUUAGGCAGUACCGGCCCAGCAACCACCGCCAGUUCCUGCAGUACGUCAAGGAGCGGUCCGCGGCCGAGCGCCUGCGCGAGUACGCCCUCGGCCUGGCCAAGGACGCCGCGCAAGAGGAGGAUGCCGAGGCGGUUCUCGAGUCGUGCCGGCUCUGGAUCCAGGCGCUCAACCAGGUGCGCGACUUCCGCUGGAGGCACUGGUGCUUCGGCAAGGAGUACAUCCUGCGCCAGACCACCUACAACCGCGCCACUGGCGGCAGCCUGGUCGCCACCUGGCUACCCAACCAGCUCAGCGCCGUCCUCGCGGAGAUGCACGCCGUGCACGACGUCGCCAAGGCUCGCGGGGGCGACCUGGGCGAGGUGUGCGCCGACAUCAUGGACCUUGCGGGCCGCCAGAAGGCGACGCUGGCCAAGGAGGUGAGCAAAUACUGCGAGGAGCGUGGGGUGCCGAUGAACACUGCGUAGGACACUGGUAGAGAGAUACUGUAUAAAAAUGAACCCUUUUCGUUGGUCACAGAGAUAUUGAUGAAUCCAAGUGGGUGUUGAAAAGCAACUUGCGUUCGAUGUUAGCGGACCGACGACCAAUAGCGGC